CCUCGCUCGCGAUGACCAACUUGCUUUCGACGGCGAUCAAUUACCCGACCGUUGUCGGCGUAUUCGGGCUCAUGUCGUUCGUGGGUGGCCUUCUCGUCUACCUCUUCUCGAUCAAGCCGGCUUUGAGCCCGCUGAACGCGAUCCCUGGCCCCAAAUCGUCGCACUGGUUGUUUGGUUCGCUCAAGGAAAUCAUUGAUACGAAGUGGAGCAAAGGACACUUCCCGGAGCCUGCCCUCUCCUGGGUCAAAAAGUUUGGCGGUGCGGUGCAUUACCGAGCGUUCCUCAACCAUCGGGUACUCAUCACCGACCCCGACGCACUCAAGCACGUGUUCAACACGAACGCUGACAAUUACCCCCGCUCCAAGGAGACCCGCACGUUUCUUCGUGUGUGUCGGCUGACCGCGUCCCAAAGGUAUACUCAUCGAAACUCGUAGGAUCUAAUCGGAGGCGACGGAUUGCUGAGCUCGGAGGGCGCGUCCCAUACCCACAUGCGCAAGAUGUUGAUGCCACAUUUUGGAUUUGCCAAAGUACGACAAUUCAUCGACAUCUUUGCGCUGCAAACGCAAAACCUCAGCGCGCAACUCGAUCCGGUCGUCGACACGAACACCCCUGUGGACAUGCACGACUUAUUCACGAAGCUGACGCUGGACAUCAUCGGUCUGUCAGCGUUUGGGUACAACUUUGGGUCGCUCACCAACCAGAACGAGCGAGUGAUGGCGGCGUACAAGAUGAUGAACCAGCCGCCGUCGCUCUUUUAUGGCCUUGGACGGAUCUACUUGCCCUUCUUUGAUCAGCUGCCACUGAAAGCGAUUCAACAGCGCAAGGAGGCCAAGCGCAUGUUGUUUCAAACGGUUGAUGACGUCAUAUCUGCCAAACUGAAAGCUCCACGAUCCGCCGCCGACGCGACCGACCUUGUCGACCUCAUGUUGGACGAAGAAUCCCAAACGGACCACAAGAUCACCGCCGAGGAAGCGCGCACACACGUCAUGACGUUCCUGACCGCGGGCCACGAGACAACAAGCAGUACGCUGUGCUGGGUCUUUGCCAUGUUUACCAAGCACCCUGACAUGGAAGCCAAGGCUCGCGCCGAGUGCCGCGCAGUCGUGGCUGCCCACAACGGCAAGAUCGAAUGGAAAGUUCUCGGAGAUCUAAAGUACGUCACGGCGUUCAUCCAAGAAACGCUGCGGCUGUACCCAACGAUUGCAAACUUGGCCACCCGCGACACCUUGCGCGAUGACUUUUUGCCCAUGGUCCGAGGCAAGCCCCACUUUGUGCCCAAGGGCACGACGAUUUCUGUCAACACGGGGGCGCUGCAUCGCAACCCUACGUACUGGAGCCGUCCCGACGAGUUCAUUCCCGAGCGGUUCAUGGAAGGGUCGGACGUGUUUGCCGCGGACAAAGCAUUGCGCCAUGGCCAAGGCAACACGUACUAUUACAUGCCGUUCAGCGCUGGCGCGAAAAACUGCAUCGGGAUGCGGUUCGCGACAGCAGAAUUGCAAGUCGUCGUGUCAAACUUGCUGCUCAACUAUUCAUUCCACGUGACCGACGCCGCAGACUUGAACCCAAAGCAGGAAAGUGUGUCGAUCAAGCCCGUCAACUUGGUCAUGACGGUCCACAAGGCGCCGACCGUGUAGAUCCGACGCAUCGACUGCGUCCCCGUCGAAUCAUGCUUAUUUCUUUUGUUAUGAUGGCUCGUCCAACGGGACUCGAGGCAGAGCAACCAGGAACUCGCAUCGCAAAGAUCGCCUGGACGAGAAAGAUCGACGUCAUGGCUCGUUUCGUCAGUUUGAAGUAGCGGUCGAAUCGUCGUACGUCAAACUUUAGCAUCACGUCCCGUUCCCCCCGGCUUGCACGAGUCAAAGUCGAAAUCCAUACCAUCCGAGCAUCAAAUGUACAAACAAAAGAAAUUGUACAUGAAGGAGACACAGAUCCCCUUGGGCGUCGGGGAUGCUUGUCGCCAAGUUUCGGCACUGGGCGUCCCCAAGUGUGCCCCGUGUGGCAGCGCACCAUUCUCACGAUGUUGGCAAGAAAAUAUCUCGCACAAUGUGCUCUCUCCACCAUCGAAGUCUUGACGAAUCCUCAAGGGAUGCAAUCGCAAUCGGAUUUAUCCCGCGAUGGACUCGAGAAACAUUCGUUUUUGACAACAUUCGCGUCGUCCCCUCCGGUCCUCACGGAUCGCGAGAUAUGUCUGAGUGAGGAUUGUUCGAUGCAAUCUAAUGAAUGAAUAUGCUCUUGACA